AUGUUUGUUCAGAAAAGUAUUGCAGCCAUUGCUAUAAUAGCAAUGUUGUGCGGUUUUGCUUAUGCAGAUACUAUCAUCGUUGCAAGCGGCGAAUGGGGCCUUAACAUGGAUGGCUGGCCAAAUGGCGAAAAGUUUAAGGCUGGUGAUGAUGUGUGGAUUGUGAAUAAGCACAACUAUGAUUCUUGCACUUCAUUUGGAACGAGGUUGAACUCUGGGCACGAUUUUGUUAUACUGUCAAGAAGAACCAGUUACUUUAUUUCAGGUUUUUCUAGCAUGUGUCAAAUAGAGGUUAAGGAUGAAGUUAUCGCUGAGUGA